GGGUCAUUUGUUUUGCACGUCGGUGCUCUUAUCAGCUGUUUCACUUUUCCGAUCAGUUUCGUUUCUCUCUCUCUCUCUCUCUCUCUCUCUCUCUCUCUCUCUCUCUCUCUCUCUCUCUCUCUCUCUCUCAGUGUAACAUGUUCACACUACACUGUAACCGAACAGUCUACAGAAUGGCGAACAGAUCUAUGUCCCGUUUAACACAGUGGUGUUCCCGAAUAUUUAUGGUGGAAAUCAACCAGAAGACUGAACCGAUUUAUUUCUCUUUAAGCUCAACACCUGUAAGUGCUGGCAAUAAGGAUUUGGAGGCAGUGUUGGGGAACGGGAAACUGUUAGCUGUGUACGCGCUUGGCGACGCCAGAGUUCCGAGAGCGCGCUCGCACACGCACCUUAAACGCGCACUGACUCAAGACCUUCCGCCGGGAUGCGACCUUUUAAACACCGCGUCUUUUCUCCCUGACGUCAAAAACUCGCUCGUAAAUGGAUUCUUCUUGCGGGAUAACUCUGUACUGUCAUCUUCGGAGCGAAUUGUAACUCAGCUCAGACAGAAAGCCUCAGUUUGUGUGUUCACUUACACACGCGAACAGAACGGAGUGUAUCUCUGCUCAGAUGUGACCGACGACAGAAGUUAUUACGUCACAACUGCUCCAGCACCACUACGUCAUCCCUCAACACUGAACAUUAUAAACUCAGACGUGUUCUACCAAAUGAAAGAUGCUUACAAAGUGCUUCAAGAGUGUAUUGAUGUCAUACCAGAAUCCAAGGCAGUGUUAGAGCUAGUGGAGGAGCAACAGCUGGAGCCAAACAGCAGUCAGGAUGAAAGCUUUCCAAUCAUUGUUAUAGAGGGACUGGAUGCUACAGGUAAAACUACUCUUACCUUCAGUCUACAAAAGGCCUUGGGUGCAGUUCUACUAAAGUCCCCUCCUCAGUGCCUAGCUGACUUCAGACCACGCUUUGACACAGAGCCACCACUUAUUCGCAGGGCAUUCUAUGCCUUAGGGAACUACAUCACUGCAGCACAGAUAGCCAGAGAGUCAUCAUAUGCUCCUGUGAUUGUAGACAGGUACUGGCACAGCACCGCAGCAUAUGCGAUAGCCACUGCAGUGAGUGGGCGAGAGGAGAACCUUCCAGCUGUUGGCUCAGAGAUCUAUGAGUGGCCCUGUGACCUGCUGAGGCCCAGCCUGGUCCUGCUGCUCAGCGUAAGCCCUGAGGAGAGGCUGCGCAGACUUUCACACAGAGGCCUCGACAAGACAGAGGAGGAAAGCCAGCUGGAGAUCAAUCACCUGUUUCGUCGCAAAGUUGAUGAAGCCUACAGGAGAAUCCAGAACCCUGCUUGUAUCGUCGUGGAUGCCAAUCCCAGCCCAGAUCAUGUGCUCAAACAAGUGCUCGGUUUAAUUAGAAACAAAAACAACUUGCAAUUCCCAGGCCUGUAGUGAGUUUCCUUUGAGGCAGCAAUACCUGAUAUUUCCACUAGAUGAUAGUAUAAUCCUAACUUUUCACAAAUCGUUUCUCUAAUCCUCACCGAAACGUUCACAUUUUCUUUGCAUUGGCCGCACCAGAGGUUGAUGGCUAAUGGCCAGCAGGCAUCAAAUUCCUGUAUCCUGACAUGUCACAACCUGUUCACUUCCCACAGAGUAACACUGAUGACACGAGAGAGAAAGUUAUUAUGAAUGCUGGGACAAGAUGUCAACUCCCAUACACAGGGUUAUAGCCUUGCAUGUUCCAUACGCUCAGUGUUAUGUUUUUCCUCUCACACCGGAGCAUAGGAACUGAACCGAAGGGCUCAGUGAAUUCAUCAAUCACCUCAAUUAGAUUUCUGCACAAGGGCCCAUUGUUGGUCAGUGCAGCAUUCAGUCCUCGGAGAGCUCAGAGAGCACGCCACAUUAAGAGCUAUCAGGGCCUCGUGGGCCAGGAAAUUCCUCCAGUUGUAGGUGUUUCUGAGCAUUUAUAAAGAGCAAUCCCGUAGGAACGUCAUUUUAUUUCUCCCUGCUGUUUAGUGUGGGACAUACUUUCCACUCAUGUCCAGUUGAGUUCUAUACAACACAUACUUUUUAAAAUUGUUCAGAGAAAGUUAUAUAUUUACUGUUUUUUUUUUUAAUAUAUUGGAAAAUUCCCCACCAUGGAAAUGCAACACAUAACCCUUUAACAGUGCACAUAACCGAUAUAAAUGCUCUUCCCUCUAAGACAAGAAGUAAACAGCUUAGGAUUCUUUGCUGACUAAAAUAUUUGCGAGUAUUAGCUUUUACUUCUUCAUGUAUUCCUCAUUUGUUUAUUUCCAUUGCAAUGCAGUUCCAACCCAAAAUAAUCAAUGUACAACUAAUAAUAAACAAACAAAUUGUAA